AUACAUAUAUGUAUUUAAUCUUGAAAAUCUAAGAGAAAAGAUAAAUAUCCAGCUAGAAAGAAAAGCAGAGUACAACGACACUUUGAGAUUAAAUCUAAAACCAUAGAAGAAGAUAUUUGGGGCUUUGUUUAACCUUAAAAUGGGGAACAAUUAAAUUUAUACGUGAUGCCAAAGAUAUGUGGCUAAAUUCAAUUUGAUAUUAGAUUACAAGGGAAACCAAUAAGUGAAUAAGGAAGAAGAUCUGACUAGAUGUUGAUUGAGUCCAGCCUCGAUAUGAAAACCGAGGUCGAUACUCGAUGCUGAGUACGUAUACGAUGGAUAAUAGAAAUGAAUUCAAGAACAAAAUGGAGGUGAAUGCAAGUAAUUCUUUUUCUUUUUAUAUGAACUCUUUCUUUCUGUUGCCAAUCCCUUUAAUGGAUGAGAACCUCCUCUUUAUAUGAUAGAGGAAUUUCAACCCUAGUACAAUUCUAAAUAAAGAAAAUAAAUUUGGUGACAUCUAUUUUACCGAGAUCGACGCUAAAUUAUCCAGUUGAGGGCGGAUAUUUCGGUCUUCUCCUUAUGGCAGUCAAUUGCUCUUCCUUUAUCACCUCAUCCCGGCCCGAACUAGAAGCCACGUUUCCGGUGAGACGGUCGUAUCGUGACCGAGCAUAACCAUGACAACGGGAAACCGAGCGUUCCUGUAUCCUCGGUUUUACCCGUAUACAGAUAGUACCCCCAUUUCCCGAGGUACAAUUACUAAUGGCGGGGAAUGGACCAAAAUAAGCUGAACAGCCGCCUCUAAUUACCUAGGACAAGACCUUUCAGUCAACUUUCACUCUGCCCGAUGCUAGGUCAUCAUUACCCAGCCGCCAAAUCUUUUUGGGGAAUCCCCUAUGUAUAUAAAGCCCAUGUCUUCUUUCUUUUCCAUACAUCUUCACUUCUUCAAGUCUCACUUGGCUCCACCUCAAAACCUAUUGUUAUUCCUGUAUUGAGUCUAUAAUAUUCCUCGGAUCUUCAAUCUUCUUUUUCCAGGGCAUAACUACUUAUCGUUAAAGAAAACCUUCCGCGAACAUGGCUUACGUACCGUUAUUGACUCAGGGUAAAGAUCAGCGUUCAUGCCAUCAACUGGAGCCGCUGGUUCUGAUAGCGGGUUAGAAUCUAUCGCUGCUGGUAUUGUUCCGUCGGGUUUUAUUUAUACUAACGAUUGUAAAGUUUUUUGUCAUCUCGACCAGUGGAGAAUUUCGAAUCUUGUAUCGGUGAUAGCGCCAUUACUACGGUCAGGGAAGAUUGCCAUCUAGGCGCAGAUGUCGACAUCCUCACCGUUGGGGAUGGUGUGAAAAUAAAUCAUCAUGUCGCCGGUUACUCGUUAUUAUAUACUUAUCCCUUUGCCAUAGGGUUCACCCUCCCUGUUCAUAGAGUAAUCGAGGACUUCUGUCGUCGGUAUCGAAUAUGUAUCGGGCAGAUCGCCCCGCAAAUUUGGAGGUUCGUGUACUGUAUUGAGAAGUUAGCCAAUGCGGCCGGAAUCGCUUUCACCCUCGAUCAUUUGCUUCAUUUAUAUGUACCUAGGGUGAUCCGAUGGGGAAUUGUUCAGAUGCUUCCUAGGGGAAGCCAAAGCCUAAUCGACCCCGAAGACGAUUAUGAUCGAGGAUGGCUUCACUGGUUCUUGAUGAUACGCACGGUUCAACUUCGCCGUCCAUCGUCUGCCAAUUUUCCCGAAGUGUGGAACCCUUCACCGGAUCCGAUUGAACCCACGCUUGAAACUGCUAUUUUUGAAUGGGUGAUUGCCCUUCUCCGGGCUUCUCGUAGCUUAGGCCGUUCUUGGAGAAGAAUGGCACCUGAAGGGUGGAAAGGCAAAAACCGUGGUAACUUCUUAAUCUGAUCUUUUCGACCCUCAUUUCCCUGUAUUAUAUCCUAACUCAAUACCUUUAGUUUCCAGGACUUCAGAUGAGGAGGGCUUCCAAGGGAAAGUCAGUAGCUGAGGACGUAGUUCGGGAAGAAGAACACCUACUCCAUCGAGGCCACCUAGAUGCAGGGAGGAUGGAAGUUUUCCCUUAUGCAUUCGGGGGUUGGAUCUCUAGUUCGUACUCGUAAUAUCAUGGGGACCCGUCGGGAAAUUCCUUCAGGCGAAGCCCCGCCAACAAUUAUGCUCGAUGAGGAAGAUUUAUCGGGAUUGGAUAUCCCCAUCUCAUCCGCCUCUUCUGUAAGUCACGGGGAUAUCUAAUAGGUAUCACCCAUCAUUGUCGCAUCCCGUGGAUAUGCUCAAAGAUCUCAUCCUCUGACUUGUUAGGUUGAUUAAGGAUGUGGCUGUCUUACUUUUGUUUUCCUAUUACUGGUCGUCGAGUAGGGUUUCUUCUGCUUUUCCUGAUGUACUGAUGUAUCCGACAUAGUCGGAAUUUUGUGGAAUGGAAAAAAUCUUUAAUGAGAUUUCGUAAUUUGGCUGUUAUUGGACUUCAUUGAGCAUUCUAUCGUGUAUUGUUUGUACCCAAACCUUUAUAUAUGCCCUUGUUAUAUCCGAUCAAUAAUCACUUACUCCAUAAUCCGUAAAAACCCGUCAUUUUUUGCUACCAGCCACCGUAAUCCAGCAUCUUAUUAUUAAACUCGGCCACGACUGGUUCGAAACCAUAUCCUUUGUGACCUAUUCGGAAGCUUUACUCGAUUAUAGAGGUAUUCGCACGAGGUCUCGAUCUAGGUCUCUUCGAAAGGUCGACCCGUUUAAGCACGAUCUGUUGGUUGAGCGAACGUCCCGGUUCCUUCUCGCGUACGCUUCCUAAGAUUAGAUAGGAUCAAGGUCACAUCCGUCACAUCCGUCAGACAUCGACACGUGUCAAGGCCCUGUUGGCUCUGAAAACGGUUGCGGAAGGUAAAGCGUCUCGGUCCCACUAUAUAAAAGCAAGUUUUCCCCUUCAUUUUUCACUUUUUGACUUUUACCAAAGGAAUUUUUACUUUCGUGUGCCUUGGAUACGUUGAUCUUCAUAUCUUCAAACCUUUAUAUCUUCAUAUCUUCUUAUUAGUUUCCUGUUCAAUCUUCAAACCUUCAUUCAAAACCUUCUUAUCUUCAUAAUUCCGAAAUGACGAGCAAAUCUUCAAAGGCUAAAGCUGGUGAGACCUCUUCGGCUCCUAAACCAGAGCCACUGCUGACUGACUUUAUUCCUCAAGACUGUUCGACCAUUCGGGACUUCAAAGUCGAGAAUCCUUCUCAACAGAGGGAUCGAGGUGUCAAAAUAUUAGCCUAUUUGUGCACGAUACCCCCGAAUAAACUCGAGCAAGUCAAAGAAGAUUGUGGGUGGAAAGGUAAGGAGGUCGUUAUCCCUGACCAGGAUGAAGCCAUAACGACCUACAUGGAAAGGUAUUUAAGUAUUUAUACCUACCCUUUCACAUUCAGCACACUCGACCCUAUGGUGGUCGAUUUCUGCAAAUGGUACGAGAUUACCCUCGACCAAAUCCACCCGUCAUUUUGGAGGAUCGUUGUGCCCCUCAUUUAUUUUACUACAAACGUGAACAUUCCGUUCACGGUGCACCACCUACUCCGGCUAUAUAGCCCCCGUGUAUUCAGAGGGGGAAUGAUUAAACUCUCAAAACGAGCUGGAAAAGCGCCCUUCUCUGGUCUGGACGAAGAUAGAGACCGAGGCUAGCAGGGCAGGUUUGUCCGAGUCAGGAUAGCGGAUCUGAUUCUCGCUGACAAAUUUCCGUUUCACGAGAGAUGGAACCCAAACCGUAAGUAAAUUUAUGUUGAUAUGAUUCGGCCAUGUGCCUGCACCUAUGCUGAACCUUUUAUUUGUUAGUGUGUAUACAGCGCUUACCCGAACCCUCGGUGCGGUUCCUAACCUCGAUCGGUGGAUCGGGAAAAUCUGUUCCCAACUUACUUAUGCCGAUCGUACCUGGAGACGUUUGUCCCGGUCCCGUUGGGAGGCCGGAACCCAUGGUAAGUACUUCCCUUAGAGCGUCGUCCUUUCUUAUCUACGCAAUACGUUAGAUAGGUAAGGACUGUUCUUCUUUUUGCUUCAUAGGUUUAUCAAAGGCCACCAGAAUUCGGGGCCAGGAAACUGCCGAGGCCUCAGCUGAGGAGCAGAAUAUCGAAGCACCCGAUCAGUGAGACCUAGUUGAAAAGAGGAAAAGAAGAUCCUCCGAAUCUUCUCGAGCUCCUUCCUAGGCCAGGAAAAGAUCGAGGAUCGUUAUCCGAGAGACCUCAUCAGAAGAUGUCUCGGCCCGUGCUUUGGACGCUGAGGUUGUUGGUCAAUUAUUAUACCAUUCUGACGAUAUGAUCAAGUGUUGGGUGGGCAUCGUCUUAUAUACGAGCUCCUCGAGCAUGAUCUGACCGGUUCUGUUGCAAUCACUCCAUCAUUGGUGGAAAGCUCAAGUCAAAUUCCGACUGGGUGGAGCGGCAUCUCGAGGUCGACGGACGCAGGGAGCAUUGGGUCGAAGGUCGGGACCUCCGAUCACAUUUCUACUCUAAGUAUUAAAAAACUACCAGCAUUCCGCCUUUGUACGGUAUUGGCUCCGUCCUUCCGAUACAAGAUGUGGCCUUAUCUGAAACGAUAAUUAACAUACAGGAUUCUCCGCCGCCAUUGGUGGAUAUUCCCGCCGAUGACGAAAAAGCCAAAGGCAAGAUGACCGAGCAAAAGGCAGUCGGUCAUGAGGGUUAUGAAAUACCCGCUCCGGAUAUGUCGAAUUUUAAGCAUUUUUCCAUCCUGUGGCCGAUCGUUUCGGGGUUAAUUCCGGUCCUAGGUUGUUUCCUGCCCCUAGUACCGACCCGAGUCAAAACAGGCUAAUAACUUUCAAGGUGUCGGCCGACAUGAACAUGCUGUCAGGGCCGGUCGGGGUGGCCAGCUAUUUAUACCAUCUGGUGUCCCAGGAAGACCGUCGAAAAAUGGAUGAAGUCAGCGAAUCAUGCCUUUUCAACGAGGCCCAACAGGCAUUGAACCGGGCCUCCGUGCUUCAUCCUGCCAGCUUUCAUCGGCUCAGGCAUGAAGUGGGCCGGCUCAAGGAGGAGCUUAAAAGAAAAAGUCAGGAGGUGGACGAGUUUAUAAAUCUAUUGCAAUACAUCUCGUUUCUCCUUGACCUUUCUAUCCUGAAGUCGGACUUAACAGUGGCUCGAAACGAAGCUGCCGAGGCUAAGCGGGAGCGCGAUCAGUUGGCAGAGAAGGUAAGGGCUUUCGAAGUUUUCAAUAAAUCUUUAACGACUGAUACUAACGCCCUUCCUUCUCAGGCCCGGGCUUAUGUUAGCCAGAUCGAUCAACUUCAGGCAGAGCUGGAAGGGAUCAAGCCCGAGUUUAAUGUCCUCCACGAAAUGACCAUCGAUGUUGUGGCCGAACGUGAUAUUCUCAGGGAGCAGCUUCGGGCGUCCGUGGAACAAAUGAAUGGCCUUAGCUCAUCACUUGCUGCGGCCGAAGUUGAACGGGAUCGAUUGAACCGGGUCAUCACCGAUCUGCAAGCUGAGCAUGGAAAGGCUCUUGAACAGAUCUCGGGUUAUGAUGAUAUGUUAGAGCACUACAAGGCCGAUGUGACUGUUGUCGAAAAGGCUAGUAAUCUUUGAGCUGAGUACGAGCGGUGCUUAACCCGAAGGAAAACCCUCAAAGAAUUUUAAGCCACUGGCGUGGACUUAUUAGAUCUGAUCGAGGAAGCCAAGAAGCUUGAAGCGGAAGAAAAGGCUGCAUUCUAACCUGAGGAUUCGGAUAUCGACCUCGAGACAGCCGAUGAAGAGGCCGAGGGGUUGGGUGAAGAUUAGGUUCGGGGCCUUGCAUCCCUUCUUUUGUUUUUACACCUUUGUUUUGAGGCCACUAGUCCGAGCCUUUGUAAAUCUACUUUACGUAUGUAUGAAUGAAAAUCAAAAUUUGUAUUUGACAUUUGCAAAGUACUGCUUGGUUCAAUGUUUGUUCGGUUUAUGCCAUCAUUAUAA